AGAUUCAUACUCCUGCACACACGGAGAGAAGCAGAGGAAUGAAUGAAGGAAAAUGAGGCUUGCACUAACAGAGAAGCAGGAAGAAAGGCAUCAAAGGGCUGAUUUCCCCCCUGCUUUCAACUCCUGCCUGCCGUUUUCUUAGAUACCAGAUUGGUGUGCUACUUUAAAGGAUGUGGAGCGAAGGCGAGUCGGAAGGGCUCCAGACUUUAGGGAUUGUGGUGGUGAUUUGUUCCUCUUUGAAACUUUUGCACUACCUUGGACUAAUAGAUUUGUCAGACGAAUUCGCCCGAUGGUAUUACCUGUCUCAGAGAGAUAAAAUUGAAGAUGAAUUGGAAAUUGCAACAGUAUGUUAUCGACCAGAAGGAUUAGAACAACUUGAGGCACAAACCAAUUUCACAAAGAAGGAACUUCAAGUGCUUUACAGAGGAUUCAAAAAUGUAAGAUGGGAAAUGAUGGACAUAGUAAAGGCAAUUUAUAACAUGAUGGGCAAGUAUACUUACCCAGUGCUGAAGGAAGAUGCUCCAAGACAACAUGUAGAAGUAUUUUUCCAGAAAAUGGACAAAAACAAAGACGGCAUUGUAACUUUGGAUGAGUUUAUUGAAUCAUGUCAGGAGGAUGACAAUAUCAUGAGAUCCUUACAGCUUUUUGAAAAUGUCAUGUAACAGCAGCUGAAGAGCAGUCUAGAAAUCUGAGACUUUAUAUGUACUGAGAUCCUGAAGAAAACAAGUGAAGAUUUUUCUCCCCACCAUCUUUUUUGAUGAAAGCUUUUUACUACUUGGACAGACUCAGUGUAUAAGGAUUUUGUAUGUUACUGCAAACUGAGCUGUGUCUCUGAAUGCAACAAACUCAAUCUUGCCUCCCUCAAGAGACACUGACUAGAAUUUAUUUCAUUUAGAAGCAUGCUAAUAAAAUUUGACCAGAGGGACCUGCUGCUUAAAGUUUAAUUAAUUAUUGAAGUUUAAAUUAUUUAAACAAUAUUCAACAUUCUAUUAGCUAAUCACAAAAAAAGUCUGCUGCUUUGAAUCUAGCAAGCUGGAUUGCAUAUGGUAACACAGCAUCAGUUGCUUCUUUAAUCACCGUUGCGUUUUUUUGUAUCAUCAUAUUGUGUUAACAUUUUCCUUUGAAGGUACUGGAAAAGUUUGUGCUACUUUCACAAGCUGGCACAAAUAUGACAUGGUAAAUGUGGGGUUUAAUUCAUUUGGAACCUGUCAGGACAAUUAUUUAUUCAUAUUUAUUGCACAAUAUUGCACAAUAUUUGUUGGGCAAUAAAUGUAGAGCAGUGACUAAUUUAUUGUACCAGAUUCAGGCAUUUGUUUACUCAAGAAAAGACUUUCCAUUCAGAAAAACUGCAUUUUCUUAGCAUUAAAACUGUUACUAGAAAUAUUCCUUUCACCACUAAGAAAAUAGUUGCAAUCUGGAAUCUACCUGCAAAAGGGUAUUUCCAUGUAUGCUAAAAUUCUCACUUUUCAAGACAAAAAUUUGACAAGCUAGUCCAUUUCAAAACUGCCACUAUAGUCUCUUCCUCUCACCCAGAACAAAUGUUCAAGCAUGUUCAAGUGAAAUUAAUGACUUGGGGCUGGACUUAUGCAAGAGAAGGGUUACCAAAGGUGAAACUGAAAAGCAUGUAUAGGUGUGUUUUUGACACAUUUUGCUAUCUGAUUACUAAGUGCCAGCUGUUGUGGGAGUUUCGUCUGUGGGCUGAGUAAAAUAGAGUACAUCUGAUGUAAUAGAAAGAGGAAAGAAUCAAGGACAGUCAAUAUCAUACUCUAUAGGUAAGCCUAGCGUUUUAUGCUUUUGACUUGAAAAAGUAUUACUAUAAAAGAAGACAGUGUGGUGUGCUUUGAAAUAAUAUUUAGAGGACUUGAAGCCGAUUCUUGUCCCAUUGUUUACCAAACCUGUGCAUGCAGUUGCCUUAAGAGUUGAAUUUUUUUAAAAAAAUGGUUCUCUAAAGACUGCUUCAACAUGUAGCAGAGAAGUGAUACUCUCACAGGAAUUCCAAAAUAUUUCCCUCGUACCUUUUCAAAGUAUUUCAUCAUUCCCUUUUUUGUUUUCAAAAAGUCCAGUUUAAGUUUUUUCCUCUAUGCCUUCUGUUGAUUAUUCACAUGAAACUGAGACUCACAUAAAAACAGAAUACAGUACACUUUUUGCAGAAAAUGUCAGGAAAAUAUUUAGCUAAAUACGACAAUGAUUUUGCCUUAGUGUUACAAUUGACCUAAAGGAAUAGAACUAAGCUUUAAGAUUUUGAAAUGCUUCAGGAGAAUGAAAUAUCAGCUCUUCUAAAUCAUUGCUCAAUACAACAUAUAAAAUAUUAUUUUAUUUAACAAAACAUUCACCAGUUUUUAUGCCUUGCAUUUAAGCUGAAUUGUGCAGGCUCUUCUUUGUAUAUUGUGUACCUACAGUUUUCAAGCACAAAACCAGCCAUACUGAUCUGCUGAAGCAAAGUCACUGCAUAUUUCAUAGUUUCAUAGAUAAAGCAACUUAGAUUGUGUUGCAGAAUAUAAAAAUGUUAAAAUUCCAGGCUAUCUUGCUUUCACUGGAGCUGAGGGUUCCUGUUUUUAAUACAAGAGCAUUAAGAGUCAGGAUUAAGAACUGCUUUUUUGGGGGGAGGGGGGCAUGUGUGCAUUGUUUCUAAAAAAAAAAUCUUACAACUUAUUGAUGUUUUUACCCUUUCGGAAUGCAAAUAUUUAAAAAUACAAAUUCAACUUAUUAUUUUGAGCUAUUUUGUUAGCAGUUAAUAUGACUGAUGCUGAAAGGCAUGAUGAAAGAUAGACUGAUGUUUUUAAAAUGAAAUUUGAUGUUUCAAAGUACAAAACUACAUUUUAAAUUUUAUGCAGUAUACAUCAUUCACAUUAUGACAAUUUCAGUCAAGUAAACUUAACCAUGAUAUGCUGCACAUUACAAUGCCCUUUUUUCUCAAAUGGGAAUCUCAUAAAAGAGAAGGGCUUUAAAGAAAGAAUCCUAAUUAAGUAGCUUUGAAGUAAAUUCUACUGAAAGUAUUAAUGGAAUUGACUUCCAAAUAAUCUUGGUUAAGGUUGAAUUUACUGAUUCAGAUACAAUUGCUUUCAGCAGCAGCCACAGAUUUAGCAUUUAAAAUUAGUACAUCCAGUACAUGCAGAAACCUCUAACUGAACUUAUUGCAGGUUGUUUAUUUGCCUAAUACAGUCUUGCAGUGAGACACAUGGAGAAAGGAACCCAGAAAGAAGUCAUUCUUGGAAAUAUAUGAAUGCGAAGGAAUGCUUAUAUGACCCCAACACCUUCAUUCUACAUAUGGAAGUCUCAAUUUCCUUACUCACCUUAAGAUAUUGUUAGCAUAUCUUUUACUCUAGCAAAAUGUUAUAUUUUUAACAUUUUUUAUUUUUUUAAUAGUGUUUUAUUUCAGAUAAGUGAAAUAAUGGGCCUGAUCUAUGGUUAAGCUAGACAAGAGGUCAAGAGACAGGAAGACCUUCCAGCUAAAUUCUGUCCUGGAGCUUCAAGUCUGUUCUCCACCAGUGGCAUAUAAACAUGCAACUAGCUUUCAGCCUGUAAUUCCUAGAGACUCCCAAGCCAAUUUGGCAGGGAAGACAUUAUACACCAAUAGGAAACUGUCUGAUAUGGGGUUCACAUCCUAUGCUGCACCAUAUUAGCCAUCACCAAUAAAAACCAUGGCCACUAUUUUCCCACUCGUUCUCCUGAAUCAGCUCUGGAACAUAUGUAGCAAUUUUUAGCUGAGUUUAAGAACCAACUGUGAGGGAUUAUAAUUGGAUUGUCACAUAUACGAAAUAAAAUAUUGGUAAGCUAAAUAAUGAUUAAAUCUAAAUUUGAUUUCCUGGUUUAAGAAAAAAUGUUCAGAUAAUACAUUUUUAAAUACACAGAAAUGAAGUUAUUUGAAAAGUAGUGCCAAGCCACCCCCUUUUUUUCCUGGGGAAAAAAUAACCAAGGGCUGCCGCAAGUAGCUUUCCUUAUAUUGUUCUAACUGGUGACCACCAUAUUUUCAAUAAGGUUUUAGCUAUAUUUUUACAACAGAUUAUGUAUCAUUGGCAAGGGAAAUAUAUUUUAAAAAUAUCAUUCAUAGUUCUAUAUUUUAUAAAGCACAUUAACUGUAAAGUCUUUAUACAGAAAGUUGUAAACCUGAUACUACUGUAACUGGGUUUGUAAUGUAAUGGGCAUGUUCUCAGAAAACUUUUAGAUGCCCUUUAGAUAUCUUGUACAAUAUAUUUGGAGGUUUUUAUCCCCAGCGAUUCUCCAGUUCCUAAGUGUCCCUCCUGUGUCUGGCUCAGCUGCUUUUUAGUUCCAAUGUCCACUGACAAACCUUGGAAGCAGGGUCACCAUCAAAGUACUGUAGGUAUAGAGAUAUGUAACUUUUCAGAUAGACUUAUGUGGUUCUCCUCCAAUGCAGCCACCAUGGCCUUUUUGCGAACUGAAACCCCAGAAAGGGAUUCCCCUCUGCACCUCUCUCUCUUCUUUGUCAAUUAGAUGGCAGGAUUUUCUUCUUUUUUUCUAACAUAUGAAACAACGGUUUGCUUACUCUACGCUUUUACCUGUUGUACUAUAUAGCAGGAAAGAGAUUUCAGAUUGGGAAGAUGGAAUGGGGAGGAGAAUUAAAUUGAGUUUAUAAGUCUUUGUAAAGAUGGAGUAGACCAGCAAAUAAUUACAGAUAUAGGAGGAAGAGGUAAGGAAAUUAAGAAUAUUUCCCCCAGCUUCAACCAUUUAAGGGUUUGAUGAAGAUGAGUUAAACUAUUAAAAUGACACCACGGUAGUAUUGAUUCAUCAUGAAGGAGUUAAGUAGAUAAUUUCCCAUGAAAUUCAAACACGUGUAACUUUUUGGAAGCAAAGUUUAUAUGAGCCUUUCCUCAAUAUAUGGGCUGAGGAAGACAAAAUUUGUAGCCAAAGAUCAGAAUUUAUAUAUCAGACACACAGCUGACAAAUUUUAGAUAAGUUUAUAUUCUGCAAUAAAUUAAAUAUAUAUCUUGCAGAACUCAUCUUUUAAAAAUUACUCCUCUGAAUUCCUGUAGGAGAGUUCUUUGUCUAAAAUCAAGAAAAGAAAGAGAAAAAAAGAUCAUAUAACUUCUUAGUAGAACACAUUUUUCACAUAUUCUGAGGCACAAUGCAAAUAAUUGUUCAAAGAGAGCUGUUGAGAACCCCACUGGGGUUACUAGGGAGAGACAGGUUUCAAAUUUCUCCUAUUGCAGUCCCACUUUUUAUAAAGCUUUACAUUUAUAUAAAUAAGCAUAUUUAAUAAGAAUGAGUAUCAAUUUCAGAUAAAUUCUGAGUUGGAUCUGAUAUCUUCGUGUUCUGAAGUUCUAUGAGGAUCUCUUUGGUAUGACCCAAACUAAUUCGAUAUUAAAUUGCUUUCUAUAGAAAGAACAACUCUGCAUAUUAGUGUUAUCUAACCCUAUCAAAAUCAAGGAUCUAUCAAUACAAUGAAAGGAAAUUAUUUUUAAUAAAUAAAAGAUGAAGAUUAGUUCUAAUUACCAUAUACUUAUUUCCUUGACAUUGGUAGUUUCGUUCUUUUGAAAAGCCUAAUGCACUUGCUUGCUAUAUCUAGUUUCAUCACAAACUAAAUUCUAGAACUGAUCCUGAGGUUUUUGGUCAGUGAGAAGUUUGCUUCAUACUAAAGCUCUGAGUCAUAUCAGCAGCUGACAUUCAGAUGACUUGUCCACCUUCAUAAUAGCUGUCUUAUAAAUUAAAUUAGAGUAUUCUGAAUUUAAAAUAAUAAUAAUAAUUAAAACUAAAGGCUAUCCAUUAAUGUAGUAAGGUUAACAAAUACUGGCCCAUAAAAGACCAGACAGCUACUAAAUGGAAGCAGAAAGAGUUAUUCUUGUUGCUAUCUUAAAGUCCCCCAAAUCUGGUAGCCAUGAUGUAGCACAUCCUUUGCAUUAUUUUGCCUGCCAACUUUUCAAUCAACCUAGCAUCUUUUGCUAAGUAGGUUGAGACCUACUGUACUGUGUGUGUUAUAAGUUCAUCUGAGUGUUGACCUAUUUUUACAUUUCUUUUUAGUCAGACAAAAAGCAAAGAUAUUCUUUCCUUUGACUUUCUCAGUAAAAGUUUCCAUAGUUGCAUAUAUUUGUGUCUCCUAGUUUUCCAUGGAUUGCAGCUGUGCUACAAGUACACAUGCAUGUGGGCUGAGCUAUUUGGUUUGAAUCAGAAGACAUGAGAAUGAGACUGCAGAUUGGGAAGAUGGAGUGGGGAGGAGAAUUAAAUUGAGGUUAUGAGCUUCUGUAAAAUUUACUUGAGAAUAAAUUUGAACUAUGGGGAAAAAUUAAAAGCCACACUGUAAAACAGUUCCUCUUUCCCCCCACAAUGACACAGUCUUCCUAUUAUUCAUUCUUGAAUAUCAAAAAGCUCUACAGUUCCUUCCAAUACUAUUAUGCUAACAAAAAGAAAAACAUUAAAUGAAAAUCCACCCUCUAAAAGUCUGGUAGCUAAGUUCCUUUGUUCAGUGUUGAUCAAGGUCUUCUGCUGUAAGGAGGUGUAACUUUUAUAAAACAAGACAUCUUGCAAGAGGAGAAGGUUAACAUGGCAUGAUAAGACUUUUCCCUAGCCCAGUUGUUUGGCAAAACCAGUGACCACAACAAGCCCUUAUAGAAUACUUUAUCUCUCUGCAGUGAUGCUUACAACAGCUGCUAGCCAAAAAUAAUUAAUAUUAUUUUUUGAGGUCUUUAUUAAUGCAUGUCAUAAAAGGAGACUGAAGCCAUUAUCACUUUCUAACAAUAUUAAAUUAUAAACUCUGUGAUGAUGCCAGAGUCCUUAAUACAUUCAUUUCUUCUCUUUGUUGUCAAUGGAGGUCUCAUCCAUGAACAAAUCCAUGACUAUAGCAUGUAGCCCAAUUAAUAAAGAAAGAGAAAUGCAACAUUCAUGAUAGUAUCAUUUAGCAUUAAAAAUGAGCUCAUGUAUCAUGAAGCAUGUUCUAACCCAGGUUAUGUGCUACCUGAAAAUUGAUGAGAUCAACCACCUGUAGAAAAGAAUUAAGCAUCCAGUUUACAACCUGGAUUUAAAAAGUGUGUACUUUAAUCUGAAUCAUACCCAGUAUGACGAUUUUGGGGCUCAGAAGCAUGUUCAUUUUUCAUAUUUGCUGUAUUAUUACAAAGUCUUGAUGACAAUAAUUGAAAUUCUAUGAUCAACAAAUUUUGCUUCAUCCUGAAUUUUACUUGCAAUAUAUAGAAACUAAUCUUGGACAAGAGAUUUUUUAAAUUAUCAAUGUUCUCCAUUGUGCAAAACUGCUCACAACUGUAAUUGUUUCGAUAGUGUCUAAAAUAUUUGUCAGAUCAUUAGCUAUGAGUUAUUACAAUUAAAUCAGGAAAUCCAUUUUUCCAGAUGUAUACAUUACGGGCAACAGAUUGAUAAAAAUAUACAUGAUAAAAAUGAUAAGAAUAGCGAUGCAAAAAAUGGAUGUGAUUGCUGCUGUGGAUGUUAGUUUUCCUGUUACUCGUUUCAUUUGCAUGAGGAACCAUGAAUUAUACUGAUUGUAAUGGAUUGAUAGAAGAUAUUUGCAUUGCUCAGUUGGAAUGGCAGAUUAAAAGCAUCUUGGAGAUUUUCUUCAUAUUAUCA